AUUGGGCACAUAGCCUAUUUCAACAGUUGCCAAGAUGAGGUCGGUUGAAUUACUGGUGCUCCUCUGCUGCUCCUCCUGGCUUAUAAUCGGCGGGAGUAACUCGGUGAGCAACGACGCCUGGCUACGUCCUGGUUGCCAUAAAGUUGGAAAUACGCGAAAAAUGUCCAUCCCGGAUUGCGUGGAGUUUAUCAUAACGACCAAUGCGUGCCGUGGAUUCUGCGAAUCCUACUCGGUACCCUCCGUUUCCUGGACAGGAGCGUCGACGGCUGCUUUAUUCAAGCCACCCAAGCCAGUUGUGAGUGUGGGCCAAUGCUGCAAUAUGAUGAAGUCAGAUGAGAUACAACGCCGCGUGUUAUGCAUUGAUGGAAUUCGAAACGUUACAUUUAAAAGUGCAGUGUCCUGCAGCUGCUAUCACUGUAAAAAGGAUUAGGUGCAAGGAGAAAGUGACUGAGCCACUUCUAAAUACGAUAAUCUUCCUACAUAAUUAAAUAUGAAAAAUAAUUACAAUAAUUGAAUUAUUCGUAAAUUAUACCACGGUGGGCAAAAAGUAGGGUAAAUUAGCUUGUCAACUUAAAAACAAACUUUAUUUAAAAAAUCAGUUUUAUCCCUUUAAAGUAGUCCCUUCCUGAUAAAAAACAGUUAUGACAACAAUUUUUUACAAUGCUCAAAACGAUAUGCAUCGAAUUUUUUGCGAAAUGGUCACGAAGAACGAAGUAUUU